AUAAGUCAUUUUGUAAAAUUGCUCGGUACCCGUCAGAUUGUAUUUAUGUCAUAUUUGUUGUUAUAUGUUGGUUUUAUUUGUGUUACAUUCAAAAUCUCCAGUGCUAUGUGAACUAAUUGGUAUAUUCAAUAUUAUAUCAUCAAUUUUAUAUAAGAGAAGGCUUAAUGUGUUCCACAUGUUUGUCCGGACACGCAGCCGCAAUGGCUGACAAAACUUGCGACCAUGCGCGUAUUCUCGUGCAAGAUCCCAAUACCCACGUUUGGAAGGGCCCAAUACCACCUGGGUCCGGGAUAGAAGAACUCAAGGAUAUUACCACUUGGCGAAGGAAAUGUGGAUGUAUUCGCACCAGUGAGAAGCUUAAGAACAUCUUAUCUUCAUUCCCUAAUGCCCCACCUCCUACGCCCUCACCUUUGUUUGUGGCAAACUGUUACAACGGCCGUGUCGACAAAUCAUAUAUGCAGUCGAUUGAAAACUGUUGUACCUGGGGUGACAAACGGGUGAGCCGGUCGUGGCAGGUGAUCGGCGAGCUGGUGCAACUGGUGCAGCUAUCGGUGACGGCGACGGCGCUGGCUCUCUACUACCUCAUCUACUGCUACAUGCAGCUCGUGUACUACACGCUCAGGAGCGCCCUCUACUUCCACAACGCUGAUGGGUAUACCUUGAGGGCUAUGAAAAUUACGAUUGGAGUGGUAACAGUGACGUCUUUGAUAGUCGGGUUCAACUUGAUGUUACGGAUGGAGAGAAUACUCGGAAUAAUAUACUAAACUACUAUUGUAUAUAGCAAUUAAUUCAUCACAAAUGUAAACUAAAUAUUGACUUAAUACAUAAAAGUAACGAAACAGAGUAAAGACAGUUGGUGAUAAAAAAAGAAGUGAAUAUUUAUUGAAACCGACGUUUAAAGUUAAAAAGUUUUGUACUAAACUAUUAAGUCAAAACUGCUAUUUUUAAAUCCAUUGUGUUGUAAAUUAAAUAUGUCACAAAAAUAAACCUAAUGUAUUAAACCGAGC